AUGAAAAUCAUAGAAGGAAGCCACACAUUCCGAAUUUCUUCAUUUAAUUUAUCGCAUUUUAAAAUACAUCACGAAUCACCCUUAUUAAUCAAUUUAAAACAAUUAAAAUUUUCCACACCACCAAAAUUACACUUUAAAGGGCUGAAUUCUCACAAAAAAUUAUGUUACUUGUAUUAUAAUUUUAAAAACCCUCGAUUCUACUAUAAUAGUAAUAUUAAUACUCACAUCAUAGUUGAUAACUUCAAUAAUACUAGUGAUGGAGAUGGAUUACUGUACAUGACCAGAAAGGUUACCUAUGGAUACCGUUAUGACCCAGAGAAGGUCAGGAAGAAGGGUACAGUCAGGAGUAAGAUAUACUUUGACAUGUGGAAGGACAAGGAUCCCUAUUACGUAAUUCACAAGUUUCUUUACGAAAAUGACCCAGACAACAAGAAUUUUAAGUAUGAUAUUGACCUGGCGAAAAAGGUAAAGUGCAAAAGGAACAUUUUCGCACAUUACAAGAAGGAUAAUAGGCUGCGUUUUUUUUGGUAUGCAUCAAGGAAGAACUACUCAAAGGGUCCGUUCAGCAGAUAUAUUAAUUUCGCUAUUGACAGGAACGAGUUCAGGUUCAGCAAACUCCACAGCUACUUCCACAUUUUACCCUACGUUCACGAGCAUUACAAAGAUGAUCCCAGAUACAUCUAUUUUAUGAACCGCUUUUUAUCGAGACAUGGGAGAAUCGCUGAGUUCAAACGACUCUCCUCCGCUAACAACACUACCAACAGUACUGUUGACAAAGUUGACCAAGUGGAUGUUAAAUCAGAGGAUACUAUUAACUCACCUGAUAGUGUAAAUGAUAGUAGUGGUGUGACUAAAACUUGGUAUAGUAGAGAUAUAACUUGGAAGGAGAUUAUGGCAAAAGCUAAAAUGGAAGAGGAGGAGUUGUUUAGUAAAAUUUCAACUGAGCCAAUAAAGGUUGAUUUGGGAAACGACAGGAGUUUUACUGUAAAGAGGGACGGUUUCAAAGUGCACGGCGAAUAUUACUCAAAGAUAAAUAAGAAGAACCGAGAAACUCCAUAUGAUAUCUACAGUCCCUUUUUGCGUACCAAACACUCUUCUAGACGGAGAAGAUACCGUGAGAAGAUCCCAAUCGACCCCAGCUUAAGGUUCAAGACCAGGAGGGAAAGAUUAAUCCACAACGCCAAAAAUCGGGACGUUAAAGAAUUUAUUAAGAAAUAUAUUAAACAAAAGCCAAAACAAAACAACUAA